GGUCGGUCGUCGGGUCCUGUCCAGACCGCCGCUUGCGCGCCGCUCUGGGGGAGACCCUGGCAGGAGCCCAGAGGCAGCUACGGGGCUGCAGAGGCCACUGGCACCGCCUCGGCCAGCCCUUUCCGCGCGGACUCCUCCCAACAGGUUCCAUUGCCUUAAGGAUGACAGUUCGAAGGCACCCCGGAAGCUGGAGCUACCAGUGGUUACCACUCCUGAUGCUGCUGCUGGGCACAGGCCACGAGCCUGGGGUGGAAGGUGUGGCACAUUACAAAGCUGGAGACCCCGUCAUUCUGUAUGUGAACAAAGUGGGACCCUACCAUAACCCUCAGGAGACUUACCACUACUACCAGCUUCCAGUUUGCUGCCCUGAGAAGAUACGUCACAAAAGCCUUAGCCUGGGUGAAGUGCUGGAUGGGGACCGAAUGGCUGAGUCUUUGUAUGAGAUCCGCUUUCGGGAGAAUGUGGAGAAGAGAAUUCUGUGCCACAUGCAGCUCAGUUCUGUACAGGUGGAGCAGCUGCGCCAGGCCAUCGAGGAACUGUACUACUUUGAAUUUGUAGUGGAUGACUUGCCAAUCCGUGGCUUUGUGGGCUACAUGGAGGAGAGUGGCUUCCUGCCUCACAGCCACAAGAUAGGACUCUGGACCCAUUUGGACUUCCACCUAGAAUUCCAUGGAGAUCGAAUUAUAUUUGCCAAUGUCUCAGUGCGGGAUGUCAAGCCCCACAGCUUAGAUGGGUUACAGCCUGAUGAGUUCCUGGGCCUCACCCACACCUACAGUGUGCGCUGGUCUGAGACUUCAGUGGAGCGUCGGAGUGACAGGCGCCGUGGUGAUGAUGGCGGUUUCUUUCCCCGAACACUGGAAAUCCAUUGGUUGUCCAUCAUCAAUUCCAUGGUGCUUGUCUUUUUACUGGUGGGUUUUGUGGCUGUCAUUCUCAUGCGUGUGCUUCGUAACGACCUGGCUCGGUACAACUUGGAUGAAGAGACAACCUCUGCAGGUUCUGGUGAUGACUUUGACCAAGGUGACAAUGGCUGGAAAAUUAUCCACACAGAUGUCUUCCGCUUCCCUCCAUGCCGUGGUCUGCUCUGUUCUGUGCUUGGUGUGGGUGCCCAGUUCCUGGCCCUUGGCACUGGCAUUAUUGUCAUGGCACUGCUGGGCAUGUUCAAUGUACACCAUCAUGGAGCCAUUAACUCAGCAGCCAUCUUGUUGUAUGCCCUGACUUGCUGCAUCUCUGGCUAUGUGUCCAGCCACUUCUACCGGCAGAUUGGAGGCGAGCGUUGGGUGUGGAACAUCAUUCUCACCACCAGUCUCUUCUCUGUGCCUUUCUUCCUGACAUGGAGUGUGGUGAAUUCAGUGCACUGGGCCAAUGGUUCGACACAGGCUCUGCCAGCCACAACCAUCCUGCUGCUUCUGACAGUCUGGCUGCUGGUGGGCUUUCCUCUCACUGUCAUUGGAGGCAUCUUUGGGAAGAACAACGCUAGCCCCUUUGAGGCACCUUGUCGCACAAAGAACAUCGCCCGGGAAAUCCCACCCCAGCCCUGGUACAAGUCUACUCUCAUCCACAUGACUGUUGGAGGCUUCCUGCCUUUCAGUGCCAUCUCUGUGGAGCUGUACUACAUCUUUGCCACAGUAUGGGGUCGGGAACAGUAUACUUUGUACGGCAUCCUCUUCUUUGUCUUUGCCAUCCUGCUGAGUGUGGGGGCUUGCAUCUCCAUUGCUCUCACCUACUUCCAGUUGUCUGGGGAGGAUUACCGCUGGUGGUGGCGAUCUGUACUGAGUGUUGGCUCCACUGGACUCUUCAUCUUCCUCUACUCAGUUUUCUACUAUGCCCGGCGCUCUAAUAUGUCAGGGGCAGUACAGACAGUAGAGUUCUUUGGCUACUCCUUACUAACUGGUUAUGUCUUCUUCCUCAUGCUGGGCACCAUCUCCUUUUUUUCUUCCCUAAAGUUCAUCCGUUAUAUCUAUGUUAACCUCAAGAUGGACUGAAUUCUGGGUGGCAAAACUAUUGCCCUUCUCUCCCUUUCCUCCUGCGCAGAGGCCCACUGAUCUCUCUUACCAACGUCUCUUAUAUUUGACAGAAUUAUGUUAUGGCAUUGCUGCCUUCCCCUUUGCCCUUUGGGCCUCUCUUCCCCUGAGAAGGCCUGGAAAUUCUA